GCGCCGCUGCCGUGCUGCGUCCGCGUCGUUUUCUGAAUGAACGCAUGGAUCAGCGAGGCGUCGGCGUGGCGGGGCGUGGCGGGGUCAUGUCGAGCUAAUUCGGAUUGAUGGCCGCAGCCUCCAGACUUCAGGUGGGCGCGGCGGUGAGCCCGAGAUGAGCAGAGUCCGACCCGCGGGCCUCGCGGCUCCCACGGCGGAUGUCGACGCGACGCGCCAGGUGGGUGUCCUGGACACUGUGCAGUGCAGUGGGUGGUGGUCGUGGGCGGGCAGCGAGCCUGCUGCAGCAGGCGCGAGAGAGAAGGGUGCGCCGUGUGGUCAGCAGCAGCAGUGCCGUGGACUGGCAGACAAUAAAUAAACAUCCACCCCGACGGCUGCGGGACGCGCAAGAAAGAGGACCGGAACAGCAGCAGCAGCAGCAGUGGGGCCGGAGGCAGUUCGGAAAGCGAUUAGCUGUCGAGGCGAGUCCUGGGCAGGAGGAGCCCGUCCUCGCCAUGUCCGGGGCCGGCUGAGCUGGCGCGGCUGAGCCGUGUGCUGGGCCCAUGCUGGCGCCGCCCCUGAAGCGCGAGGGCUGAGGCCUCGGCUGAGGCGGUAGGCCCGGGCGGAGGCGGGAGCCAUGCGGUGGCUGCUGGCCGUGGCGCUGGCGCACUGCCUGUCGCUCUCGCUGGCCUGCCCGUCCUCGUGCGAGUGCAAGUGGAAGAACGGCAAGCAGACGGCGCUGUGCGUGUCCAAGGACCUGCACGACGUGCCGCAGAACGUGGACGCCGGGACGCAGGUGCUGGACCUGACGGGCAACAGCAUCCGCGCGCUGCCACGCGAGCGCUUCCAGACGCUUGGGCUCGUGAACCUGCAGCGCAUCUACGUGGCGCGCAACGGGCUGGCCAGCAUCGCGGAGCGCGCCUUCCACGGCCUCACCAACCUGGUGGAGCUGGACCUGGCGCACAACAACCUGACGGCCGUGCCGUCGCACGCCUUCAAGGACUUCCCGCUGCUGAUGCGGCUCACGCUGAGCGGCAACCCCAUCCGGACGGUGGGCGCGCGCGCCUUCCAGCCGCUGUCGUACCUCAUCAACCUGGAGCUCACGGGCUGCGCCAUCGAGACCGUCAUGGACGACGCGUUCGCCGGGCUCGAGGGCCUCGAAUGGCUCAAGCUGGACGGCAACCGGCUGCGCGGCAUGCAGGGCGGCAACGUGCUGCCCAAGACCCUGCACGGCGUGGACAUCCACAACAACCCGUGGGAGUGCGACUGCGGCAUGGUCGACCUGCGGCGCUGGAUCGGCGCCUACCGGAAGCCGCUCGCCAUUGAGCCGACGUGCCGCGGACCCCCGCGGCUGCGCGGCCGCUCGGUCCGCGACCUGGCCGAGUCGGACCUGGCCUGCCUGCCCGACGUGUACCCGACCUCCGUCUUCCUGGAGAUCUCCGAGGGGAAGAACAUCUCGCUGCAGUGCAAGGUGAACGCGACGCCCGAGGCCAAGGUGUCCUGGACCUUCCAGGGCAACGUGCUGCAAAACGACACGAUGGUGGCGCCCGGCGUCCGCCUCCUGUACUUUGUCGAGGACGGCGGCACGGUCGAGAAGAAGAGCGAGCUGUUCAUAUUCAACGCCAACACUGAAGAUAACGGCACGUUCGUCUGCCAGGCGGAGAACCAGGCCGGCAAGAUGGUCGCCAACUACACCAUCCGCGUGGUGGUGCGGGAGGAGCCGCAGGCCGAGGCGUCCGCCUUCCCGAUGGAGUACCUCGUGGCCGUGGCCGCCGGCCUGGUGAUCGCGGCCGCGCUCGUGUGCGUCAGCAUCACGGCCUGCAUCAUCUCGUGCCGGAAGCGGCGACGGCGGCGGCGGAAGGCGGAGAGCGGCAAGGCCGUGGCGCUGCACCAGAGCCAGACGUCGCAGAAGGAGGGCGCCGAGAGGCUGGCCGUGGCCUCGGCCGGCGUCAAGAUGAACGGCACCGUGUUCAUCAGCGACCGCAACGACAUGGCAGCCUACCAGGACUACCCGCUGGAGCAGAACCCGGACCUGAUCAAUGACGCGGAGAGUGUUGGCAAGGACAGGCGGCUCAAUGGCGGCGAGGAGACGGGCAGCUACCAGGAGGGCAGCACCAUCGACGACGUCCCCGCCGGCACGAUGCAACAGCCGCUGCAGCCGCAGGCGCAGCAGCAGCAGCAGCAGUCCGUCUGGCCGGCGUACGGCUCGGUGGCCGGGCCCGUGGACAUGUACCACACGCCGCUGUCCGCCGACGUGCACCUAUCUGCGGGGCGCUUCUUGGACGGCGACGGCUACCCGCUGGACUACGGUCUGCCCAAGCUGCCGCUGCCUCACCCGGGCAUGUCGGUGCACCAGCCCAUGGGUCAGCCCAUGGGCCAACCCAUGGGCGUGUCCAACCCCAUGGCGCACCCCGCGCCGCACCCCGCCGCGCACCCUGCGGCCAUGCCCAACAUGUACCGCACACUGCCGCACAAACCGCGGGCGCUGCACGCCGGGGUGGCCGUCCGGAGGUACUCGCGCGACGCCGAGUUCCUGCCGAGGCCGUCGCCGUCGUACGACCCCUUCUUGCCCCCCGACGUGCGGUACACGGUCGACGGCUACCCCACGUCGGCCGCUCCCGUGCCCGUGUCGCCCGGGGCCACGCUGUACCCGGCCGGCGCGCAGCCCACCGUGCCCGAGGAGUCGAUCCUGCCGUCGCCACCGCAGGCGUACAAGAGCGACGCACCCCUUCCGUCCCCGUCCCCCUUCCCGUCGGCCGCGUCCACGUCGGCCGGCGUGCCUUUGGGCGUGCCUUGCUGUGCCAGCCAGCACUGCCAGCAGCAGCCCGUGCGCUGCAGCGUGGCGGCGCAGACCGGCGAGGAGACGGCGUCGUCGUCGGCGGCCUUCACCAAGCCCACCCUGGCCGGCCUGCCCUGCACCCUCACCGAGAGCCCCGACGAGGGCUACGAGGGCGAGGGCGUGGACGCGGACAUGUGACGCAAGCAGCGGGCGGCGGGAGCCGCCUGCACCUGCCCCGCCGCCGGCAGGCCCGCGGCCGGCAAAGGGAGGCCGCCGCCUGCGCCUGGAAAGUAGGCAGCCCAGCCCGACAGACUCUUCCCCUCCCAAUGUAAACUACCCCCUGCACGUGAUGUGCGCCAAGCUCAAUGCUCAGUGACGCGAGGACGUUGUGAAUGGCAGAACAAAUGUGUACCUGGUCGCUUUUGUUUUCUCCGCAGAGGGCGGCUGUGACGUUGCUGUGCCUUAACGCGAGAGGCUCACCGCCGGGUACAUUUGUUACUCAAGUGUGUAUGAAUGUGUGUGCGUAAGGGUCUUUGUGUGCUUCUGCGUCCUAGUAUGUGUGGAAGCGAGAAAGACUGGUAUGUUAGAAAUGUCAAAAUGUGCAAAUUUACCUAUCCUUUUUUAUACGAGAUAUUUGAAAAGAAAAACUAUAUUGUCCUGGAUAAAUGGUGUUUGAAUUUUCUGAAAUUGUGACUGAGUGUGUGUCUGAUUGGGUUGUCAAAGUUAAACGUUUUGAAGGUGGUUCUGUUAAUCAUUUAUUAGCAUCUUUGGUAGAGAGGCUGACAUUGAUAUUGUUACAUUUAGCCAAUGUCAAUCAGAAUUCAGACGAAAUCAAAACGCUGGAAGUCUGAACAUGAGUGCCUUUUAAAGGUGUAUUUCUGGCAUGAAGGCCGGAAGCUGCAUUAUCUUCAGACUUUUGUUAAUGAAAAUUUACCCAAGGCUAUAUCCCGUGAGAAUGUAUGGCUCUGGAAAAUUUUAGGAACUCCAUUAUUUGCAACAAUCACUUUUGAGUACUGCAAGGGGACUAUCUUUAGCUACUAUCCCAACACUGUUUUAAAAUUUAACCAUAUUACCUUUGAUGUUGACCAUGUAUACCAGCAAUUCAACCUGCAUUGCAUUUAGUGAAAAAAAUGCUUCUACAGCCUUAUUUGUCAUGCUAUAUGACUGGAAAUCAAAAUUCUUUUAUUAUUAUUUCCAACAUGUAUUAUCAGAAUUCAAGCAAACAGAAAUUAUGGCUUACAAUGUUUCAAAAAUUUAAAAAAUACAUUUUCCACUCCUAAUUUUUGUUUUUGGCUCCAAGCUAAACUGUUCACUAUUUGUCAGCAACAAUCACAAAUUUUCUUUCAUCCGUGCUUUCAAUCAGUAUGCACACAAUCUCAUCCAGACAACCGCAUGGCACAUGUAAGAAGAUGAUGACUGUAACAGAGUAUUACUAUUUCAUUUUUCAGAAAGUCCUUUUUAUCUCUGUGAGUAGCAGUUAUGUUACCUUUGGGAUCAUCCAGAAAGUACGUUCGUCAAUCGCCGUUUCGAACCUUCCAAGUUCAGCCAAGGCAAGGGCGCCUGCUGGGUAGGCAACAUCCUGCCUGCAGUGCAGGCGUGUACUGCAGGGUGGCCUACCCCGAGGCUCGCAGGCGCCGAGCUCCCGUUUUUUGUCGAAGGAAUCCGAGAAAAACGGACGUACUUUCUGGACGAUCCCUUUUGUUCCGUACUAUCCUGCAAUUAUGUGUUAAUUUGAUUAAUUUUUUAAAAAUCUUGUAAAAGGCAUCAUAAUAGUUUGCUUCCUUUCUCCAACACCAGUAGUAGUAGCCGGCCGCUAAUCCACUGUCGCGUACGAAUGCCAGGUUGAUUGUGUAGAAGACUGGGCGUCAUGUGUCAGUUUGAAAAUUCUAAGGCAUACGUCACACUCGCCUCCUCUACACGUUUUAUGUUAUUUUUGUAUCAGUUAUCAUUACAAUUUGUAAGAGUUUUAUAUAAACACCAAAAGAAUCCUGUUAAAACGUGAUUAGUGUGAUCUUAUAAAUAAUUAAGUGUACAUAGAACAGAUGUAAAUUUGCAUUAAAACAAAUUUCAGAAAUACA